CAUAUCUUUCUCCGGUUAACUGGAAUGCAAGAACAUAAUGUGAUACAUGUUUCAUAUCCACAACAAAGAGAAUUGAGUGAGUCAAGAGGACAUGAUAUAAUAUGGAAAGUCAGGCCCGCUAUUAGAUAUAUCUUUUCAAAGAUUACUAAAUCAUCUAUUAUACACAUUAUGAUUUUCUGACAAUUUCGAAGAAACUGAAGUUCUUUGGAAUAUUAUCUUCAUUAAACAUUUAAGUGAAUGUUGUGUAUCCAUCCUACCUUGGUCAUAUAUGGUCAUAUAUAAUUGUACUAUAUAUAUUCUAGAUAACUAAAAGUUGGUUAACUUGAUAAAACAAUGGAUAACAUAAACAUAAAUAAAGUGAUUUGUCUAUCGUAAUUGGUUUUAUUUGAAUAUUGAAAGUGUUUAUAAUUUGAUUGAAAAAGAGUAUUCAAGUCUAGAGUGUUGUAAUUCUUUUUGUAUAGACUACAUUUAUAACAACAUCCUCCUUCCAUUUAACAAACUACCAUCUUUUUUAAUUCACAGAUUUUCAUUUGAUGUUGUUGAAUCAAUUCAUAAAAUAAAAUAUUUAUCUCUUGGAUAACUCGUUUUUUUUAUGUUGAAGAUGCCAAAUUCGAUUGGUUUUGACAACAAAAAUAAAUAUGUUGAGGUAAAGGUUUUUGAAGACAUGCCAGACUAUUUCAAACCAACAUUGAAAAUUUGACGGCGAGAGAGAUUCAAGAGUGACGGUGAGAGAGACAAGCUCGUGAUAUUAGGUUUAGGUUUGUAGUUUGUGAAAUUUAUUAGGAGUAGAAAUUUUACAGUUUUACUUAAACCAUCUCCAUCGAGAUGAUUCAAUUUGGUUCAGUUGACUGGUUUUAAAAAUUAAACCUAAAUUUAUAAAACUCAUCAAGAUGAACCAUUUAGAUGACUUGUAAUUUUAAGUCUAAACGAACAAUAAUUUCAUCUCCAUCCAGAUGGUUCUCAUAUGUGAAAAGUUGUUGCAAGUUUGAGUACAAGUAUAUGUUUUAAGAUUCAAUUUGAUUAGUUGGGAAACUGAUGCUUGUGUUGUUUUUCUUAUUGUGAGAAUAACCCAAAAGACAUAUAGUUAGUAAGCAUGCAUGUGGCUUCAUGACCAUGAUGUAUGAUCAUAUUUUUGUGUGUUUAGUUCUCUUUAUUUGCAAAAUAUUGCUGAUUGUUUUUCUUUCCACUUUGAUAGGUCAUGGUGAACCAAAGAAAACCUUCACAUAUAUAUUGGAGACAAACAACACAUGACAAUGCAUUCCUCAUAAAUUUUUGAUGAUCUUAAUUAUACUUGAAAAACUUGUAUCAAUCUUUAAUAUUGAAGAGAUUAUCCUGGUUGUAGUGGGAGGCCUACUAUAAAUGGUAAGCUCGAAUUCUUUUAUUCUAUAUUGAUGUGUGUUUUGACUCAUAUUUUCAGUUUACUGGUUCUUUUUUAUUUUAUAAGUUUAAUGAAGCAGAUUGUACUUUUACAAAGGUUAAGCGGUUAAACCAAUCAUUGCCAAAAAAAGUGAAAAAACAACGAUAGGUUUCAGAAGUUACUAAACUAGUUACUAACAGAUGAUCACUAGGUAGAGUGUUUCAACCAGUGUCCGAGGAGUCUCCGGACUUUCUUGUGGUUCUUCCUUGCGAUGAUGGCCUGCCGGACUAAGCGAUCAAUGAUCUUGAAGCAUCCUUGGGGGGUCGAGGUUGGUGAAGAGUGAAGUCUUGCAUUUCUCUCAAACCAAAUUUUGUAGAUCGUUGUUUGGAUAACCAGUAGACGAAGCGUAGUACGGCAGGUUGUGUCCUUGAUGUCUGACCAUUCGAGAAGGGCCGUCCGAGUAUGAAACAUGACAGGGCAGGUUGCAUUACUGGUCCUUUCUUCUUUCUUUCUUUUUCGGUUUCUUUUGUAGUCGAGACUGAAACAAACCUUAAUCUGAAAGUUAGUUACGUGAUCUAGUAAUUUCGUUUGUAGUAUACAACAACAUGCUGAUUAUAUAGUUAAAUACAUUGACGUGAGACCAUGUCUUAAGUCUACUACAUACCAUCAAAACAGGUAAAUACAAACGAAAAAAAAAACUAAUAUUAAAACAUAGAUUUAAUCAUUAAUAAAAUAAGAAGUUGGCUGAAUCAAGUCCAACAAAAACCAUAUUUAAAAACAACUAACCAAUCAAAAACUCGUUAAAGACAGACACUUCUCAUCUGCCAAUUCAUCUCCUCUUCAUUAUCAUCUCAUCUUCCGUGGACUCAUCAUCAGAUCUUAAGGACACAAAGAAGAAUGGGUGGGAUGUGCAUGUCUUCGUGUUGUGGUGGUGGUGGUGGUGGCGACGAUGGUUCUAGUUUACUAUUACAUCUCCUCAUCAUGGUGGUCGUCUGCCUCUCUGUCAUGGCUGUCUGCACCUCCAACGAACGCCGUACAUCCGUUCGUGUUGCCCGGUGCCGUUGACCAACCAUCUAGCUAUAUCAGUUCACAACAACUCUACAAAAAAAAGAUUACUUCGGAUCCUUUUCUCUUAUACAUGUAUGUGUUUUGGUUCUUGAUUAGUGAUAAAUAAGGUAUUUGGUUUUGGUUCUUUGACAAUGGUUUUGUCCUCUCUUGUUAACAAAUUAGAUUGGUCAGAAUGAUAUAAAUCACAUAAUCUCAACCGAGUUUUCACCAUACAAGUAUACAACAAACUAUUUGGUUACAACUGAAAUAACGUCAAAUAUGCGGGGCUGUUGUUGAAAUUUUAUCUUUUGUGUUUGGUGAUGAAGUUACGCGGCAGAGAGUAUGUUGAUUCUUGAUCCAGAGACAGGGAGAGUAUAGUGAAGAGAAGAGUCCUAGUUACGUGAUACACACGCUUAAGACUUGUUUGAGAAUGGCAGGGGUCAAGAGCUCAGAGAACAGUUCUUCUAGUGGAAAGUUUAAUGCAAAAUGAGUUUUGACCUGUAGUGUAUGUAACUAAUGAGAUUAUAAAGUAUCUGUGAAUUUGAGACAUUCGUUGAUCCAAACAACCAUAGAGAAACACACACAUUGCAACAUGUAUUAUCUGAUCUAAUAAGCCUUAGUUUUCAGCAAAUCUCUGAAAUCAUUUAUAUCCAGGUAGUUUUUUUUCCCUGGAACAAGAAUAUAUUAAGAGUAUAUUUAUACAUGACAAUAUAACAAUAUAAGAACAACAAACAAAUCGAA